AUGUCCACCCCCGCAUCAGACUCCGAAGCACCCCCCGGCGCCGUCAACAUCUCCUCCCUCUCCGCGCAACAACUCCGCGCCCUGCAAACGCGCCUCUCCACCGAACUCGAGCACCUAACCACCUCACACACAAAACUGCGCGCAGCGCAAUCGCGCUUCCGGGACUGCGUGCGCUCGAUCAAUGAUGGCGUUGUGGGGUCCGCGAAGAAGGGCACGGAGGGGGCAGAUGAGAUUCUUGUGCCCCUGACGAGCUCGCUGUAUGUUAAGGGGAGGCUUGCGGAUCGGGAGAAGGUGCUUGUUGAUGUUGGGACGGGGUACUUUGUUGAGAAGACCGCGGCGAAGGCGGUUGAGUUCUACGAGCAGAAGGUUAAGGAGCUGGAGACGAGUCUUACGGAGUUGGAGAAGCUGGUGCAGACUAAGAGCUCUCAGCAGAGACUCUUUGAAGACGCUCUGAGGCAAAAACUGAUGAGCGAGAAUGCGGCGUCAUCGGCCCAGGCUGCGGCGGCUGGUUGA